AUAAAUGUUUUGUUUUUCUGCAGUUUGUUGUUAGUGCUGAACGGCAGUGAACGGGCAGCGUUUGUUGGUUGGUUGGUCUCUCGCACACACACGAGGAUCCAGGAGUUUGGCCUGGCCAGGACUCACUCGCUUCAGCUUCCUUUUCGCUCGCCUUCCCAUAAUUGUAUCUUUGUAUCUUCGCCUAGUCUGCCUCUGCGCUUCCCAAGUGUGUGUGCCAGUGAGUGUGCCAGUGUGUGUCGGGGCUAAAAAUAGCGCCCAAAACAAGUGCCAAGUGACCAGGACUCCCCCUUCCACUGCCCCAACCCCUCCUCAAGGGGCAAGACAAUCACAAAAGACAACAACGGAAAGUGCAAAAAACUUAGUUUAGUUAAGAGAACCACAAAAAACCAAACAGAGGAUUCAGAUACCACAUACAAGAGGACAGCAACCUACGAAUUUCCCCAAAGAAACUAAAACUAAUCUUAAAUAAUAGAAAAAGAAUAAAAAACACAACAGGUGUUUCAGCUUUAACUUUUUUCACAAAAACACAAAACCAAAAAAAUAAUUAAAUCUAUCAGAAGCAAUUAGUAGUUGUCCAUAAUUGAUGAGGAGAAACUUUAAUUUGGUGCGUGUCGACCUAUUCGGAUUCUUAUUAGUAUUUGUAUCUGUGUCUGCUUGACUCCUGCGAGUGUGUGUGACUGCCUGCUUGCGUGUGUGUGUGUGGGUGCGUGAGGACGAGGGUGUAUGUGUGUGAUUGCUCUGUUCGGCGCACGUGCAACGAAAGAUGGUUGAGGAGUUCCUGGAGAAGUUGCCCGAAAUCGACACACGCUACGAGGAUAUUGUGCCCAUGGAACAAGUGAGCUCGAUGGUCUCCAACGGUGGCGGCAGCGUAACCAUGCAGCGCGACGAUGAGUACAGGAAUCGGAUCAUGAAAAUACGUAGACUUGGACUAGUUUAUAGCUCCAAGAUAUCGGACCGCACUGACAGUCUGUGGCAGACGACUGCCACCAGCAUGCAACAGCCACCUCAGCGGCAUGCCCGACCCGCACCACAGCACCAGCAUCAGCACCACCAAUACCAGCACCAGCACCACAAUCAGCUGCCUCUGCACCACCAAAGCCACCACCAGGCACAGCGCACCACCGGACGGCACACGAUGCUGGGCAGCAACCACAGCAGUCAGCGCGAGGCGAGUGUCUCGCCCCGCCGUGUGGCACUCGAUACCACCGCCUCGGGCUCCACUAGUGGUUUUGGUUUCAGUCGAGAUACACAAGCAAAACAUUCACAUGGAUUUCUCUAUUCGGACGAGGAAAUCAGCGAUAAGGCAUCAACAUGCGGCAAAUUGCUAAUAUUUCUAUCCGUGGCUCUUGUGAUACUCACAUUACCCUUCAGUCUCUUCGUAUGCUUCAAGGUGGUGCAGGAGUACGAGCGUGCGGUUAUCUUCCGUUUGGGUCGUCUCAUGCAGGGCGGUGCCAAGGGCCCAGGUAUCUUCUUCAUCCUACCCUGCAUCGACUCGUACGCCCGGGUGGACUUGCGAACCCGCACCUACGAUGUGCCACCCCAGGAGGUUCUCACAAAGGAUAGCGUUACGGUUUCGGUGGAUGCAGUGGUUUACUAUCGCGUAUCAAAUGCAACGGUCUCUAUAGCGAACGUGGAGAAUGCUCACCAUUCGACCAGGCUACUGGCACAGACUACUCUACGAAACACAAUGGGAACUCGGCAUUUGCAUGAGAUACUCAGCGAGCGUAUGACGAUUUCCGGCACAAUGCAGGUUCAACUCGACGAAGCCACCGAUGCCUGGGGCAUCAAAGUUGAACGUGUUGAAAUUAAGGACGUGCGCCUGCCGGUGCAACUGCAACGCGCCAUGGCUGCCGAGGCGGAGGCCGCCCGUGAGGCACGCGCCAAAGUCAUCGCCGCCGAGGGAGAGCAGAAGGCUUCGAGGGCGCUGCGCGAGGCGUCGGAGGUGAUUGGAGAUUCGCCGGCCGCCCUCCAACUGCGCUAUUUGCAGACACUCAACACCAUAUCCGCGGAAAAGAACUCGACGAUUGUGUUCCCGCUGCCCAUCGACUUGAUAACUUAUUUCCUGAAGACCACAGAGGCCACCACGCAGCAGAAUGCGGCAGCGGCUGUGGCAGCAAUUGGCAACACACCGCCACCGUUGCAACUUGCCCCGCAGCAACAGCCCCAGCAACAGCAAUACCAGCAGCAACCGCCACAGCAGCAGCAGCAGCAGCAGCAACAACAGCAGCAGCAGCCGCCGCAGCAGAUGCAACCGCAGCAACUCUACCAACAGGGUCAACAGAUCUCAUCGGCGAUGUAAGACCGCCAAACCGAAAAAGGAUAUGCUGUCGGGCUGUUUAAAUCAAACCAUCCCAAAACUGACAUCGGGACAGCAUUUACUCAAAAGUCAUUGCAAUUCAUAGCAACCAAAAUGUAGUUCUUAACACCGAAAAGUGCGAUUCGAAAUGCAUUCGCCAGCAGCUGGCCCAAAAAUAUCCGAGGGUCCUUUAUAAAACCUAGACUAGUUUAUUACGAGGCGAUAGAGUUUAAUAUUUGUAGCUUUACGACCAGAGGAUGCAAUUCUUUAUAAAAUACAUGGGAAUGAAGAACCGACGAACUGGCCAUAUUAAAAAUCAACUAUUCAACACAAAAAAUACAUAUUCAAGUCACAUAAAGGUUAAAAUAAUUUAAACUCAUAGAAAAUAUUCUCGGGUCGGGCAGGUGAAAAUUCUAAAACCAACCAGUUUUGAAAAUCUCAAAUUCCAAGAUUCGAAAUAGUCAAAAAUGGUUGGUUUGGUUUUGUAUUUUCACAAAAAAGCAACUGUCUUGUCCCUUGAGAUUACCAACGUUUUUUUUACUAGAAAUCAUACUGUUGAAAAGGCAAUGAAAUUGUAUUUUUAGCCUCCCAUUAGUCUUUCUGUCUAAAACUAUCUGUCGAAUACUCGA